AUUUGCUCAGUCUUGAACCGAGGUUGAGGAUUGGAGGACGGAUUGUGAGAACUGUGAUAUAUUAACCGGGAGGAAUCUGAUAACUGGAUCAUCCCUAGUUCUGCAUAGUUCUACUUCUUAGUUAGAAAACUGGAUUCCAGGAAACCUGGAGAACUAGACGAACUAGGUUUCAGAGAACUCUGGAACUAGAUGAACUAGAAAACUCUUAGAACUAGAAAAGCAAGUUUACAGACCUAUAAGAACUAGGUUCCACAAAACCUUCAUAACUAGAAGAACUAGGUUCCAGGAAACCUUAAGAACUAGAAGAACUAGGUUCCAGGAAAUCUUGAGAACUAGAAAAGCUAGGUUCCAGGAAACCUUGAGAACUAGAAGAACUAGGUUCCAGGAAACCUUGAGCUGCUAGAAGAACUAGGUUCCAGGUAACCUUGAGAACUAGAAGAACUAAGUUUCAGGAAACUUUGAGAGCUAAAAGAACUAGGUUCCCAGAAACCUUGAGAACUAGAAGAACUGGGUUCCAGGAAACCUUGAGUGCUAGAAGAACUAGAUUCUAGUAAUAACUAGAAGAACUAGGUUCCAGGAGACCUUGAGAGAACUAGGAGACUAUUGAAGUGAAAAUUCAAAACCUGGAAAUUGAGAAAAAUAAAAUUAGUUUCUCGAGAACCUUGUAAAGUUAUAGAGGGUUCAAGGGAACCUUAAAAAUAAGGAUUAAACAAGAAACUUAAAAAGUUAAAGUGACUUCUUUGAUCUGGUUGCAAGUUUGGUUAAAUUUAUAGCACCCUAACCUUACCCCAAAAAAAAGAUGCACGUGAACUUCGAAACAGAAAGGAAAAAUAAUAACUUAGAACAAGGCAAAAUUAAUAUUUUUUAAUUAAAAAAAACGUGCAUUAGAGAAAAUUACAAAUUACCAAAAAUACAACCACAAACUCCAGUGAAACGUAAAAGAAAAUCUAAUUUUCAAAAGAGCUUGUAAUUUGAGAAUGAGCCAUUGAUAUCUACAAGAACGGAUUUUCUGGAAUAGAACGCAUAAUUUCUAGAAGGAGUGAGAGUUUUGUAAAAAAGAGAUAAUCCUAAGACUAAUCAGAAUUCAGAACACUCACCGUAAUGGAUUAAAUAAACUCACAGGAUGUCCGGAGAGCGCGAGGUUCGGAUAGUUCUGGUUGGGAGCUCAGGGUGCGGGAAGAGCACGCUCAUCUCCAGAUUCAUGAAGAACACAUUCUUAGAGGAGUAUAAGAGAACUGGUUUUGACAAGGUUCAGACCAAGAUUGAGAUUGCUGGACGGAAAAUAAACCUGACAAUCUGGGAUACAUCAGGAUUAAAGAGUUACUCGGUUCUACGUCCGCUGGUUUACAGAGAAUCUGAUGUAGCACUUGUCUGCUAUGAUAUAGAGAGAAGAGGACAGAAGAAUGAGGAUGUAAAGGACGAGGUUGAAGAGAGAAGACUAGAAGUUCGAGGCUGGAUAGAUGAGGUCUGGAGUACACUAGAUAUACCUGUUCUAAUCUGUGGUUGUGCUGCUGAUAUGGUGGAUACUAAGACCCGGGAUGCUUGUGCACUACUGCCUGAGUCCCUGGGUAUGGAGGGAUGCUUGACAAGCGCAAAAACUGGUUUGAACACGCGACUUAUAUUUGAAAUGUGCGCGGCGGCCGCGCUAGACUGCAACAAAAGUACCAUAUUGAAGACUAAACUAAGACGACCAACUUCUCUAAAACUGGAGGAGGUAUCUCGUGAGCCUGUUCUAAGAUCCAUAUCAGAGAAACAAAAACAGCUGCGAUUAGGAAUCAGUUCUCUCCUAGUAAAUAAGACUGAGUUACAAAACAUAUCAAGAAAUACUUCUUGUCCCUCUCCCUUCUCCUCAACCCUAUCUCAGUUCUCCCCCUACAGUCCUCACUCUCGGAGCUCCCAACUAGUUCUCCAACCUCUCCGACCUGUACCUGAGCGUCCUCAAUCUUCCCAAGCUCAAAUUCAACCGAACCGGCUGAGCUGUCGACCCGGCCGGUCAACUAGACCUGGGAGUCGAGCUCGGGCUGUUGAACCUCCGACCUCGCCUAGCUGUGAUAAUCAACCUUGCUACUCUCCAACCAGCUCUCUACUUAGUGGUCCACUCUCCCCAACCAUAUCCAUACUUUCACCCUUUUCAGGACCCCAUUCAGAGACGUCAAUGACCUCGCCCUUUCAACCUGCGUCAGAGACGUCCCUGACUUCUCCUCUGCCGACCCUGGCAGAAUCCCCGUACCUUCAAGUCUCAGAUAGAGACAGCAUAUCUAGUCAUAGUCAAACAGACAGUAUUUCAGUCAGAGCUACGGUUCCAAACUAUAAAUGGAACAGGUGGGGGGAGAGGGGGGAGAAGAGAACGGUUUGGAGCGGAGAAGGGGAGUGGUGUAAGGAGAAUCCCUGGUCGAAGGGGUUCAAGGAGAACACUGAGCUACGGAAGAAGGGGUUCCAGGACGGAAAACUGGACAAAUGUUUAAUCAUGUGAUCUCUCUCUAUCUCUCUCUCUCUUUCUUUCGUUCUUCUAACUUUCAUCCCGGACUUAAAUACAUUAUUGAUCUGUAAUAUCGAUUUUAUUCCAUCUUAGAAACGUGACCCCCCCCCCCCCGCCGUCUUCUUAUUCCCCAAUGUUUCUAACGUAUAACCCUCCUUUCCUGCUCAUCAAAUCCCCAACACGACACCACCCUCCCCCCCUCCCCAGAAAUCCCCAGACCCCAUCUCGUAUUUGAUGUUAGUUAACUAUUAUGAUGAAUAGAAGUCAAAUGUUAUUUGUUAAAUAUCGCAGAUCAUUCAUUGUAAUCAAACAAAAAUGAAUAAAUAUAUACAAUACAA